AUGCGUACACACGCUGUUAAUUCACCGGACCCUAUGGGUGCCAGUGGCGGUCGCAAUGCUGGCACUGGGAUGCCCAACCCGACCGGAUAUCCAAACCAACCCCCGGGCUCCGUCAUGAAUCCGACCGGUCACCUCAUGCCCGGUCCGUAUGCGUUCAAAGACAGUUCCACGGGUAACAUGGGUCCCGGUGUUGCUCCAAACACUCCGGGAAACAACUCACUCCCCCCUGGCGUAUUUCGUCCGUCACCGGGUUCCACGUACUCGGGAUACGAGACGACGACGACCACAGGAAAUUAUCGGGGAUCAGGCCCCGGUGUUGUACCCGGACCGGUGACAUCGGCGAUCAAUUCACCCUAUGGCCAACCAUCGAUUACUUCUAUGGGAUCAAACACGAACACCACCACCGGUCGAUCAGCAAAUCUCGGGUUUGCCAUGAACGGACCGGCAUAUCGCGAAUCGGUGCCAGAUGGAAAUCUUCGACGGAUGGAUGUUGGUCAAUCGCAUAUGAAUGCGACUCCGGCUCAGGUACGACGUCAACAGCAGCAGCAGCAACAGCAACAACAACAACAACAGCAGCAACAUCCCUCGCAGCAACAACAACAGCAACUCUCACCGUUGGAGCCCAGUCUGUGUGCACGUUCUGUGCUGUGGGAAGGUGAAGCACAACUGAUGGACUCAAGUGCAGGCCCGAACCCCGUGCGCCUUAACAUGCGCCUGAUACUAGAACGGACUGUGUCUCGCGAUAUCAGUCAAUUGAACAUGCAACUUUGGGGACAAACCGCUCAAAUUUCCGUCAUUCAUGCGCAUCAGGACAGUGCCAUCGUUCAGCGAUUGUCCAGCCCCUUGCCCAGUGGUUAUCUGUUGGCCCAUGUCCUUGUGGAAAUCCCGUGUCUACGAUCGGCCAACCUGUGUAGUACACAAGCACAGAACACACGACAUAACGACAUGUCCGAACAAAGUAAAAAUCAAAUCUUACGUUUGAAGUACAGGUAG